GAAAUCGGGAAAUGACAAAGCCAGGUGCUUGAUUGGCUGCACGGCUCGUAGGAAGUGCUCGCACAGUUGCUCGCCGCAAGUGUCUAAUUGCAUGACAACUAACAAGACAUCCAUCUCGCAAACAGCCUUGUCCACCAACCCCACAAAAAAGACCCACAUGAACACACCGAAAAGGGAUCCCCUCCUCAAGUUCCCGUCUCCCUUCACCUAACUCUGCCAUUCUCGUGCCCUUUUAAGACACGCCACACGGCCUAAUAUCUGUGGUGUACGGGUGCGCCGUCUGAGGCUCGUUUUUCUCCGUACCUAGCAACGCCUUCCAUCCGGAAAUCUUUCUCCACUUACCACCACACCACAACACCCAGGCAAUAUUCGUUGACCGCCAUGAGAGCUGCAAAUAGAAGAGUGAGCAGGGCAGACUGCCACAACUGCACGUGCUCUCCCGGGUUGUUGUCUCGCACACACAAGAGAUCUUCAGUAGUUGCCAGAAGAAUCAAUAUCAAGCGGAACCUCAGCGGCAGUUGCUCGCCAACAGGCGCCCUGCGCAAGGGCUCUGUGCUCACGAUUGACGCUGCGUCUUUGUGUUUGCCCGAUGUCAAAGAAAUCAACACAUCGCUGCGCUUGGAGGCCUUAAGAGAAGCCAUGGCUGCAAACGACGUGGCCGUGUACAUUGUGCCCAGCGAGGACCAGCACCAGAGCGAGUACGUUUCACCCCUCGACCAGCGGAGAAGCUUUAUCUGCGGGUUUUCGGGCAGUGCAGGUACCUGUAUCGUGACUAGAGAUAUCUGUAGCAUGAACGAGGUCCCCGAAGGCUUGGCUGCUUUGUCCACUGACGGGCGUUACUUCAGCCAGGCAAGCGACGAGUUGGAUUUCAACUGGACAUUGUUGAAGCAGGGCGCAAAGGACAUGCCCUCGUGGGAGAAAUGGACGGUGCAACAAGCCGUGCAGUUAUCCUUGGACUCCGGCAAGAAUGUCAACAUCGGCAUUGACCCGAAGUUGGUCAGCUACCUGGUGUACGAGAAGAUUGCUUCUGUGAUCAGGGACGAGUUGAAGGAGAAGCCCGCUGCACAGGUCGAGCUCGUGCCUGUCAAGGAGAACUUGAUUGAUCAGAUAUGGCCUCAUUUCGAGGAGGUGCCGCCUGCUUCCGACAGUAUCAUCAAGACCCUAGACGUCAGGUUUGCUGGCGAAGAGGCCGCAGCCAAGAUCGGCAGAGUCACAAAGAUCAUGGAGAAGAACAACACUCAUGGCCUUAUCGUGAGUGCCUUGGACGAAAUCGCCUGGUUGUUGAACUUGCGUGGCUCGGACAUCGAGUAUAACCCUGUGUUCUACUCCUACUUGCUUCUCACACUGAAAGGCGAGGCCACUUUGUUCGCCGACAACACCAAGUUCGAUAGCAACGUGACAAGACACUUGCAAGACUGCAACGUGUCUGUGAAACCAUACACUGCUUUCUGGUCAGACUUGGCCUCUUUAGACAGAGAAUUCAGCUUGAACAAGAAGGCCUUCUUGCUCGACUCCAGCACUGCUUCGUGGGAAAUCGUGCAUCUGUUGACGUGCAAGUACCAACUGUUGUCUCCGUCACCCAUCGAAGACUUGAAGGCUAUCAAGAACGAAACCGAGUUGAAGGGUGCACACAGCGCACACUUGAAAGACGGACGUGCACUUGUCAAGUUCUUUGCGUGGUUGGAAGAUCAGAUCAUUUGCAAGCUGGAGUUGAUCGAUGAGGUUGAAGCAGACGAACAAUUAACUAGUUUCAGAUUGUUGGAGGAAAACUUUGUCGGCUUAUCCUUUGACACCAUCAGUGCAACGGGUGCCAACGGAGCGAUCAUUCACUACAAGCCGGUCAAGGGUUACUGUAAAACGAUCGAUCCUUCUAAGCUCUACCUCAACGAUUCCGGAUCCCAGUUUUUCGAGGGAACGACAGAUACAACAAGAACCGUUCAUUUCGGAACCCCGACUGCUUCUGAAAUCAAACACUAUACCCUAGUGUUGAAAGGUCACGUUGCCCUUGGCAAGUUGAAGUUCCCUGAAAAUACCACGGGCAGCUUGAUUGACUCGGUCGCCAGACAGUACCUUUGGGAUCAUGGUUUGGACUACGGCCAUGGUACGUCCCACGGUAUUGGCUCUUACUUAAACGUGCAUGAGGGUCCCAUUGGUAUUGGGCCCAGGCCCACGGCUGCUAAGAACGCAUUGAAGCCAGGACAUUUGAUCUCUAAUGAGCCCGGCUACUACGAGGAGGGCGAAUAUGGAAUCCGUAUUGAGAACGUCAUGUACGUCAAAGAUGGUGACUUGCUCUACAAUGGCAAGAAAUUUCUCCAGUUUGAAACCGUGACGCGUGUUCCAUAUUGCCGCAAGUUAAUAAAUGUGGGCAUGUUGAGCGCUGAAGAGAAGGAAUGGAUCGACAGGUAUCACCAAACGAUUUGGCAGGAGAUGAGUCCUAGCUUGGAGCCAAACUCGCUUGCGUUGAAGUGGUUGAAAAGAGAGACUAGACCUUUGUAAUGGUGCAACUGGCUUGAGGCUGUAUGAAUGGCUUUACCCCCAAUGGCUUCCUGGUCCUUAUUCGUGACUGGCUGUACUAUAUAACUCACUGUGAAUACAUUCAUAUUACGUGUCUUUUAUAAC